AAAAUUCAUUUUUAUUCGUAUUGGCGACGUAUCAUUGUCAGGAGCGACGAGCCUUCUCGCGAUCAACAAAUAAUAAAGUGCGCAUACAUAAAUACACAUAUACGGUCGAAAUUUUUUACCAGUCCUAAUUUAGUUUAAUAAUCUCUUGUUGUUCAUGAAUAUUUUUACGCAAUCAAAAAUGGUUUUCUUAAAAAAGGUUGUUACCAAGCCUCUCCGCCAUUUGGCAGCACGGAGUUAUGUAGGCCUUUCUCAUAUCUCACCCAAUGGCCCUUCUUUCGGUAUAACCGAGGACCAAAAGCAAAUGCAAGAGCUUACACGUAAAUUCGUACGCGAAGAGAUCAUACCCGUAGCGGCACAUCAUGACAAAACGGGCGAAUAUCCAUGGGAUAUUGUUAAGAAGGCGUGGUCCUUAGGUUUAAUGAACAAUCACAUACCCGCCGAUAUUGGCGGCAUGGAUAUAGAUUGUUAUACCACUUGUCUGAUUAGCGAAGAGUUGGCUUACGGUUGCACAGGUAUCAUGACAGCGCUGGAAGCUAGCAGCUUAGGUCAAACACCCGUUAUUUUAGCUGGCAAUCAGGAACAGAAAAAGAAGUAUUUAGGUCGUCUCUUGGAAGAGCCAAUUGUUGCUGCUUAUUGCGUUACAGAACCUGGUGCCGGUUCCGAUGUGAAUGGCGUUAAAACGAGAGCCGAACGUAAGGGCGAUGAAUAUAUUUUGAAUGGCCAAAAGAUGUGGAUCACAAAUGGUGGUGUCGCCAACUGGUAUUUUGUGCUCGCACGCACCAAUCCCGAUCCGAAGGCACCAGCCUCUAAGGCCUUCACUGGCUUCAUUGUCGAACGUGACACACCCGGGCUUACGCCCGGUCGUAAGGAACAGAAUAUGGGUCAACGUGCGUCAGAUACACGUGGCAUCACAUUUGAGGAUGUGCGUGUGCCCAAAGAGAAUGUGUUGAUUGGUGAGGGUGCCGGUUUCAAAAUUGCUAUGGGUACCUUCGACAAGACACGCCCACCAGUCGCCGCCGGCGCUGUCGGUUUGGCGCAACGUUGUUUAGACGAAGCGUUCAAAUACUCGCUGGAACGCAAAACUUUCGGUGUACCAAUCGCAAAUCACCAAGCUGUACAAUUUAUGCUCGCCGAUAUGGCGAUCGGUGUGGAAACAUCUCGUCUAGCAUACAGACUGGCCGCGUGGGAAGUGGAUCAAGGUCGUCGCAAUAGCUACUACGCCUCGAUAGCCAAGUGUUAUGCGGCGGAUAUAGCGAAUAAAAUUGCCAGCGAUGCUGUGCAGAUUUUCGGCGGCAACGGUUUCAACAGCGACUACCCUGUAGAGAAAUUGAUGCGCGAUGCGAAAAUCUAUCAAAUCUACGAAGGAACAUCGCAAAUUCAGCGCUUGAUCAUUUCUAGAAAUAUGUUCGAAGAGGCCAAGCAAUCCGCCAAAUAGGUUAGCGCAUAUAUUAUUUAUUUCAGUAAAAUAUGUAAAUGUAGUUAAAAUCAAAAAAUGAAAAUUAUGUAAUUUUAUACGGAAUGCUUGAUUAUUACAAGUAAAAUAUGGAAUAAGAAAAAAAUGUAAUAGAGUAAUAGCGAUAAAAAAUAUAUAUGCAUGCAUACAUAAAACAUA